ACAAUAUAAAAUAGUUAAACAAUGACAAACUGAUAUUAUCUUUUCAACGUUUGCCUGAUCCAUUGUUAGUUUAUAAAAUUAACACAAAAAUCACAAUAACUAACUUGCGUAUGCUUCUGUUUGUGAUCACAAAUGAACUUAUUUUUGUGAUAAGAAUAAUUAAUUAACGAACUUGAACACGAUUAAUUAUUAUUUAUCUAAUAACUAUCUGAUACUGACCAUAGGCAUUAUAAUUCUUUAUAUAAAGCCUGACGAAUAUCAGUCUAUAUUUUAGUUUUCCUAAUAUAUCUUUAACCAUGAUAAAGUGUUCGGUAUUAUUUUCAAAAUUUGCAUUUAUUUUGCUUGUAAUUGCAAGCUCUUGUUACUCUCAAUAUGUUUUAAGAAAAAGGUGCAACACAGCCUAUCGCUGUUCGGAUGAAGAAAAGCCAGUUUGGGCAACUACAACUGGACAUGAUUGCUUAGUGUACAGGAACGCAUGUCACCUCUUGAGUGCUAACUGUGACCGAAUUAACAGAGAUGAGCCUGAAGCUUUGCUAACUGAUAGAGAAGUGUGCCAACGAUUUUGUGCCACAGAAUGUCCGCCAUUUUUUGUGCCAAUUUGUGCUUUUCAUAAUGAGGGAAAAAUGCAAACGUUUGGAAAUCAAUGCGAGAUGGAAAAGCAUAUUUGUAAAACAGGACUAACUUUCAGCAUCUUUCGAGCUGAAAAAUGUCCAGAUGACCUAGAGUUUAAAGAAUAAAAUUUUUUAUAAAAUUUAAACAAAAAAUCAACAAUUAAUUUAGUUAAAAACAAUUAAACUUGA